GAUUGCAGAAAAAAAAAUCAAACCCCAAAACCCUAAAAAGGUGAUUCCUUCGAGAUCCUCACUACCAUUCUUCCCGCCAAUUUAUUUUCGACAUUCGCUCUUGCCAUGUCUCUGCGGCCACGCCAUUCUCUUGGGGUUUCGUCUCCGGCGAAGCAAAGGAAGAAAGCUCCCAAAAAAACUAUGGCUACGAGAGCGAAUCGAAAGCGUCUGCCUUCUUACCUAAAACCUGGCGCCGCCGUGGAAAUCAGCUCCGACGAGACUGGGUUCCGCGGCUCGUGGUACCUGGGGAAAGUGAUCACUAUCCCAUCCUCGGAGGACAAAUGCCAAGUGGAGUACACGACGCUCUUCUUCGACAAAGAGGGUACGAAGCCGCUGAAGGAAGUCGUCGACAUGAGUCAGCUCCGUCCCCCGGCGCCUCCGAUGUCUGAGAGAGAGAAAAAGAGGGUGAUUGCCAUUGGGGAAGAAGUGGACGCCUUUUACAAUGACGGUUGGUGGGAAGGGGAUGUAACGGAGGUUCUAGGUGAUGGGAAAUUCAGUGUUUUCUUCAGGAGUUCGAAAGAACAGAUUCAGUUUAAGAAAGAUCAACUUAGGUUUCACAGGGAAUGGGUAGAUGGAGCUUGGAAGCCUCCAUUAGAGGAAGCAGAAGGAGAGGAAUCGGAGGAAGACAAAGUAGACGACACACAAGAUGAAGAGGAGGAUAUUUUACCCCGAGUGGAUCUGGAAACUACCAGAGUAAUCGCAAAACAAAUAUUUUCUACUGGCACGAUUGUCGAGGUAAGCAGCGAUGAGGAAGGUUUCAAGGAGUGUUGGUUUGCAGCUAAAGUCGUUGAACCCAUUGGCGAUGACAAAUUCCUUGUUGAGUACCAAGAUUUGAGAGAAAAAGAUGGCAUAGAGCCUUUGAAAGAAGUAACCGAUUUUCUGCACAUAAGGCCGCCACCACCAAGAGAUGAGAAUAUGGAUUUUUCUGUUGGAGACAAGAUUAAUGCAUUUUAUAAUGACGGCUGGUGGGUAGGUUUUGUCAUAGAGGGUAUGAAGGAUGGAACAGUUGGUAUAUAUUUUAGGCAAUCAAGAGAAAAGAUGCGGUUUGGAAGGCAGGGUCUUCGUCUGCAUAAAGACUGGGUUAACGGUACCUGGAAGCUACCACUGAAAGGAGGGGAGAUAAAGAGGGAAAAGACCGUUUCAUGUAAUCGGAACGUGAGACCUAAGAAAGCUAUCGAGAAGCACAAAUUCAGCAUUGGAACUUCAGUAGAGGUUAGCAGUGAAGAAGAAGGAUUUGAAGAUUCUUGGUUUUCUGCAAAACUCGUUGAAUACAGAGGAAAGGAAAAAUGUCUUGUAGAAUAUGAUAAACUGAAAGCUGAAGAUGGGAAAGAGCCUUUGAGAGAAGAGGUUAAUGUUUCACAGAUAAGGCCUCUACCACUAGAACAGGUCAUGGUUUGUCCAUUCGAGAAGAAUGACAAAGUUAAUGCUUUGUAUAAUGAUGGUUGGUGGGUGGGGGUGAUUAGGAAGGUUCUUGCGAAGUCAUCUUAUCUGGUUCACUUUGAGAAGACUCAAGAGAUACUAAGAUUUCAUCAUUCUCAACUAAGGCUACAUCAGGACUGGAUUGAUGGCAAGUGGAUAACAAAUUUUAAGUCUCAGAAGGUGUAAUUGAGAUGGUAACACAUCAGCAUUUUGGGAUCUCAAGUUUUUGUUUUUUUGGAGGUAUUUGAAUCCUUAGUCUUAACUCUUAACCCCAGUGUUCUUGGCUAUUGUAGAUAAUUUCAGUUCUAAUGCUUGACCAAAAGGCAAAAAAACAGUUAAUAUUUUUGCCCGUAUGAGAUACUUCUACUCAUAAUGCACUUGAUUUCCGUUGAUUAUUUGA